GGUCCCGGGAGCACAAUGCACGCAUUAUUCUCCCCCACUACCUUGCGUUUUGCGGAAGAACUGAAUACCGCCAAAUCUUCUAUCGGUUUCUGGCCUGCUGAGAGCUGAGGAGUAAUCACCAACGCAACGCAACGCAACGCAACGCAACGCAACCCAACUCAACUGACAUUGAAAUAGAAAGGUGGUGUGGUGAGUGGUGUCGGAAAGAUGGAGAAUAAUCCCCGGAUAAUCGACAACAUCAUGACGCUUUUUCAACGGCGGACUUCGAGUCCGCGUUCCCCCCUCUCCGCCGGCGCCGAGUCCCCGAAAUCAAUUCCUUUUCUCUCUCCAAUUGCUAACUCUGUUGUCGCUCGCUGUUCCAAGAUUUUGAACAUGUCUACGGAAGAAUUGUGUAGCUGUUUCGACAUAGAGACCAGUGAAAGUGGAAAGCAAACAAUGACGUAUGCUAGGAAUUUUAUAGAAUUUUUCUCAUUCAAGGCAUUUAAUGUUUUGACUGCUCGUGCUGAUUAUUUGAAUGAUAAGAAAUUUCGUCGUUUGACCUAUGAUAUGAUGCUUGCAUGGGAAGCCCCAGGGAUUGAGGGUGAAACAAUAUACAAAGAAACUGCUUCUCCCAGUAACAUGCAGAGUGAUGAUGAAGGAUGGUCUUUAUUCUAUUCGAGCUCCACUGAUAUGGCUGUUCAGGUUGAUAAUGAGAAAACUGUUGGUCCUGAAGCAUUUGCUCGAAUAGCACCUGGUUGUGCAGUUAUAGCUGAUGUGGCAACUGUCCAAAAUCUUUUUGAUGCACUGACAAAUACUUCGGGCAAUAGACUUCAUUUUCUCAUCUAUGAUAAGUACCUUCAGAGCCUUGAUAGGGUGAUCAAGAGUUCAAAGAAUAUGUUAUCAGCUUUGACAAACCUUGAAAUUGCUAAUGGGGAUAUCAUUAUAGAUGUCGAUGGCACUGUCCCUACCCAGCCAAUUUUCCAGCACAUUGGAAUCUCUGCAUGGCCUGGAAGGUUGACCCUAAGUAGUAAAGCUUUGUAUUUUGAGUCAUUGGGAGUGGGUCAAUAUGAUAAACCUGCAGAAUAUGAUCUCUCGAGGGACUUGAAGCAGGUCAUAAAGCCUGAAUUGACUGGGCCACUUGGUGCUCGGCUGUUCGACAAAGCCGUGAUGUACAAAUCAAUCUCACUAACGGAGCCCAUAUUUCUGGAGUUCCCUGAAUUCAAAGGAAGCUCAAGAAGAGACUACUGGUUGGAUGUCACUCUGGAGGUAUUGCUUGCUCACAGAUUUGUUAGGAAGUACUAUCUUAAAGGAAUCCAGGAAUCUGAAGCAAUUGCAAGGGCUAUUCUGGGAAUAUUUCGAUGUCGUGCAGUUAGAGACGGUUUCCACUUUUUCUCAUCACAUUAUAAAACACUACUUCUAUUUAACCUUGCUGAGAAUCUUCCUGGAGGAGAUGCAAUUUUAGAAACUCUGUCAAAUUGUUUAGCGCUUUUGAGAACUAGUGCUCAAGUUGAUGGGAGUGUCUCUACAGAGAAGCAGCAAACAGUAUAUCCAGUUUCACUUGUAGCACUAAGGAGAUUUGGAUUAAUCCUUCAGGAAGAUGUAGAAUGCGAUGAGCAAGGCAAACAUGUUAGUGGAUAUAUUUGUGUGGGUGAAGCAGAUCCUCUGGAAGUGGCUGUAAAACAAUCAAAAUUGGAUACAGGAAAGGCUGAAGCAGCGCAGCUGACUGUCAACCAAGUUAAAGUAGAUGGAAUCGACGCAAAUUUGGCAAUCAUGAAGGAGUUGCUUUCUCCACUGAUUUCAAUAGCUAGGCGUGUUCAACUUUUGGCUUCUUGGGAAGAACCUUUUAGAUCAACAAUAUUCCUAGUGCUGAUGUGCUACGUGUUUGUGAGUGGAUGGUUCAGUUUUGUGCUGCCAAUCACUCUUAUCUCCCUUGCGGUGCUUAUGCUCUGGCACCGACUGGCCAACAAAGGGAAACUGGUAGAUGCCUUCAGAAUUACAGCACCGCCCAAUCGGAAUGCUGUGGAGCAGCUAAUUACAUUGCAGGAAGCAAUUUCUCAGGUAGAAGCACUGGUUCAGGCUGUGAAUAUUGUUCUUUUAAAGAUGAGGGCCCUUUUGUUUGCUGUACUUCCGGAGGCCACUUGCACGGUUGCCAUCUUUUUACUUCUUACAGCGGCAUUCUUCAUGCUAGUGCCCGUGAGAAUUAUAAUCCUGUUGGUUUUGAUGGAGUCCUACACUAGGGAAAUGCCUUUGAGAAGAGAGAGCAGUUACAGGUGGUUUAGGAGAUUAAGAGAGUGGUGGUUUGGGAUACCUGCUGCUCCUGUUCAGCUCAUCAAGCAUGAUGACACUAAGAAAAGGAAAUAACCACAUUCGGCUAUACCAAUAAACUUGUUUACACUGCUGAGCUGCUGCAAGAAGCCUUUGCAUUUAGAUUACGUGACAACUAAUAUCCUUUGUAGGCUUCAGAACUGCUGUCCAAGAAUCGCGUGAAUAGUAGCUGCUGCAUUAUUAUUUUUGACAGUAUUUGACAUUUUGAAACAAGAGAUCCAGUCUUUGAAAAAUGAUAUAUUUCUGUCUUCCCUUUUUUUUUAGUUAUUCUGCUUGUAUGCCUUUGGGUUAGAAUCAUGCUUGUGUAUCAGAGAGUGUGGUCUCCUUUUCGUGAGAGAAGUUGUAAUCGUUGAGAAUGCGCGGGCCUAUGAACAUAUGACUAAUUGGACCCGUGUUAGAUGAGUUUAGGUCACUCUAUACUUGUAGCCCUUUUUAUAUAAAAUUGGCAAUGGUCCAAGCUUCGCUCUUGCCGUCUUGGUGGGGGCUGACUUGAUUUCGAGGCUUGAGCCGGACGAUUUUACCAGGUUAAA